AGCAGUAGAUAACCAAAAAACAAGAAGUCAUGGCCAAACCGUCGUAAUUUGUCAUUUUGUGAGUGAAUGCCAUGUGAGAUUGUGUCCAGUGAUGGUUAAUUUAUUAUUAAAAAUAUAAUGCAUUAUUCUAUGAUAAUACACUUUGAAAUCUAGAAGUUUGCAGUUGCUGACAAUAUGCAUGCUUUGAGAAGGAGUUUACUUCGCUGUGGUAUCCAAGCCAGAAAUAUAUCGACGAAAGAAGUUACGGAAGUUACUAUCCCUGUGCCUUGGGGUCAUCUUGCAGGUAAACUAUGGGGAAAUUCCGACAAGCAGCCAAUUUUAGCUCUGCACGGUUGGCAAGACAAUGCGGCCACUUUCGACUAUCUCAUUGAGAACUUGAACAUUGACCGUCCAGUUUUGGCCAUCGAUUUCCCCGGCAACGGAUUUUCAUCCCCGACAUUCCCUUUCUUCCCCUACCACGAGAUAGAUCUCAUAGCCUGUGUAAGAUGGGUGCAGACACAUUACAACUGGGAGGAGAAAAUCACGAUACUGGGACAUUCGAUGGGGGCAAUGACUGGAUUCCUGUUUUCGGGGAUUUACCCUGAAAUGGUGAACGGGACAAUUAGUUUGGAUUUCGUGAAACCGGUUGAGCAAGACCGUAAAGAGAGAGCGGACAAAAUGGGGGCGUUGAUGGACAGGAUUAUAACUCUGAUGAAACGGGAUGACUCGGAUGUGGGUUGUAGUAAGAAAGAACUUGAGGAUCGUUGGCGGGAGUCAGCUGGUCUCUCGCAGAAAGCGGUGGAAAAGUUGAUGGAGCGCGGUUGUAAGGAGGUGAAGCCUGGACUCUUUAAUUACACUAGAGAUUCCCGUCUGAAGGCGUGGCAGAUGCAUCGUUGGGAGUGCAGUGAGAAUAUGUAUAUCGCUUCUAAGAUCACGUGUCCUGUGUUGUUGGUGAAGGGAAAGAAUAGCAAGUUUUUUGACUGGUCAAUCAGCUGUUGUCCGAAGAUUUUGGACCAGAUAAAGUCGUCUGCUAAGUCGUUUGAGAUGGUCACCGUUGAAGGAUCGCAUCAUUUGCAGAUUGAUAAUCCUAAGGAGGUGGCUGAGGUGAUUGAAAAGUUUUUAGCGAAAUUGGAACACGAAAAUUGAUCUAUUUUCCCCUGAGGUGAUCGAGAAAAUUUCAGAGGCUUUGGAAAUCGAUAAUUUAACAAUUUCCCUGAGGUGAUCGAGAAAAUUUCAGAGACUUUGGAAAUCGAUAAUUGAACUAUUUCCCUGAGGUGAUUAAGAAGAUUUAAGAGACUUUGGAAAACGAUAAUUGAACUAUUUCCCCUGAGGUGAUUGAGAAGAUUUCACAGACUUUGGAAAUCGAUAAUUGAACUAUUUCCCUGAGAUGAUUGAGAAGAUUUUAGAGACUUUAGAAAUCGAUUAUUGAACUAUUUCCCUGAGGUGAUCGAGAAAAUUUCAGAGACUUUGGAAAUCGAUUAUUGAACUAUUUCCCUGAGGUGAUCGAGAAAAUUUCAGAGACUUUGGAAAUCGAUAAUUGAACUAUUUCCAUGAGGUGAUCGAGAAAAUUUCACAGACUUUGGAAAUCGAUAAUUAAACUAUUUUCUUUGUUUGGCUGAGGUGAUAGAAUCGUUUUUAGCAAUUUAGAACUCGAAAAUUGGACAUUUGUGUCGAGGUGAUCGAGAAGUUUUUGACGACAUUGGAAGUCAAAAGUUGAACUAUUUUGGUUGUUUGGCUGGGGUAAUAGAAACGUUUUUACCAACGCUAGAACUUGAAAAUUAAAUUAUUUUUGUUGAGGUGAUCGAAAAGGUUUUAGCGACAUUGGAACACAAAAUUUGAACGAUUUUGAUUGUUUGGCUGAGGUAAUAGAAAAGUUUUUAACAACGCUAGGAAUCGAAGACUGAACUGUUUUCUUUAGCUGUUGUAUGCAAUGAUGUUGGUCUAUUCAGCAACGAUAUUGAUGUUUGUUUCUGUCCAAUUUAAAUUGGAACCUGAAUUAUUUAUUAUUUUUCACCAAUAUUAUUAUAAUCAUCCAAUUCUGAUUGGAUCCAUAAAAUGGUUUUAUUUAUGACAUACGGUAGGUAGUUUAAUUGGAACCUGAUGGCUUUAUUAAUUAUUAGAUAGAAUUAUUUAAUUAAAUUAAAUAAUGUUUAAUUAAACAUUAUUUAAUUAAUUAAAUAAUGUUUAAUUAAACAUAGAAUUAUUACUAGCUUGAAAAGUUAUUUUGUUAAUUCUAGAUAUACAAGAACUAUUACUUUCAGUCAUUGUGAUCGACAAUAAUAAUAAUAAUAAUACGCUUUAAUUAUUCCUCA